GUUGUGGCAUUGCUCCAGUCACAAUGAUCAAGGUGGUUUGUAACGACCGUCUGGGGAAGAAAGUGUGCAUCAAGUGCAACACCGAUGACAGCAUUUGGGACUUGAAGAAACUGAGCACAGCCCAGACUGGCACUCGUUGGAAUAAGAUGGUGCUGAAGAAGAGGUACAUGAUUUUUAAGGACCAUGUGUCUCUGGGAGACUAUGAAACCCACGAUGGAUGA